CGCCCCGAGCUGGGGUGCGGGCGCUGGAGACGGGCCCGGAGGGCGGCCUGUGGGUGGGAGCCGGGGUCCCGCUGAGUCCCGGUCCGGGCGCGCGGGGACUGCCCUCCCUGUCAGCGGCUUCUCCCCAGGGUGGCCUUUCUCAGUGAAUUCCACUCGUGCUAUUUUGAGUUUUCAUCCCCCUCAUUGGUCCUUUGGUCGGUAGAGCGGGAUGUGCCUCCAGGCGGGCAGGGUUGCCUCUUCGUUCGGUUCAUGAGUGGGUCUGACACUUGGGUCGGCACCAGGGCGUGCUAAGUACCGUGGGCGAAGAUGACGGACCCUCGAGGGAAAGACGGUGCCGGUGCCGGCCGCGGGGGUGCCGGCGGCAGUGGCCACGACACGGUCAUGGAGGACACUCAGGCUGUUAACUGGGAGGUUGAAGAAGAGGAGGAGACAGAGAGACCCAGUGACUCCUUGGGGUGUAGCUUGGAGCCCCUAGGGCGACUGCAUAUCUUCAGUAGUGCCCACGGACCAGAAAAAGAUUUCCCACUCUACCUCGGGAAAAAUGUGGUAGGCCGAAUGCCUGAUUGCUCUGUGGCCCUGCCCUUUCCAUCCAUCUCCAAGCAACAUGCAGUGAUUGAAAUCUUGGCGUGGGACCAGGCACCUGUCCUCUGGGAUUGUGGGAGUCUCAAUGGUACGCAAGUCCUGAGGCCUCCUAAGUUCCUGAGCCCUGGGGUGAGGCAUCGUCUGAGGGACCAGGAGGUGGUGGUCUUUGCUGACUUGCCCUGCCAGUACCAUCGCCUGGAUGUCUCUCUGCCCUUUUUCUCCCGGGGCCCCCUAACUGUAGAGGAGACACCCAGGGUACAGAGAGAAACUCAACCCUGGGGGAUCCUAUUGGCUGAGGACUCAGAAGAGGAAGUAGAUCCUCUUUCUGAAAGGUACGUGGUGAAUGAACCAAGGACCAUGUCCUCCCUUUUGGCAACAGUCGUUCCAGAGAGUGAUGACGAGGGGCCUUCUGCCCCAGAUGGCCCUGGGCCCCCCUAUGCCUUCAACUUUGACAGCGACACAGAUGAGGAAGAAAGGCAGCAACCGGCAACAGGGUGGGCCUCCUCAGCUGCCACGAGAGAUGCUACUGCAGAGACAGAUCAGCCUAAGGCCGUCAGAACUGAAAUCCAGGUUGAAAAGGAUCGGUCUUUGGGACAGGAGAGCAACAGUGACAUCAGAGUCAAGAGAGUUGCAAGCAAUGGGGUGAUUCUGGAGAGGAGCCAGCCUGCUGGGGAGGACAGUGAGACAGAUGUGGAUGAUGAGAGCAGGCCUCCAGGAAAGCCUGCUGAGGAUCAUCUGGGAAGGGCCCAGCCUUCUGGCUUCAUAGACAGUGAUACUGACGUGGAAGAAGAGGGGAUUCCCACGACCCCAGCUAUGGGUCCCAUGAAAAGAAGGCAGAUCUUCCACGGAGUUAAUGCAGAGAGUCCUGGGGGGCCUGACCUGGCACAUCUUCACGAGAGUCCGGCUGGCAGUGAGACAGAUGUGGAAGAGGCUGAGGCCCCCCUCACGGUCCCUCUGGAGCGAAGCCGAGCCUCCAUGGUGAGCGACAGCAAUGUAGGUGACAAGGAAGGAGUGUCAGCCGCGCUCACUUUGUCACAUCUGAUGGAGAGCCGAGCCACUGGCUGGAACAGAGAUACAGAUGUGGAGGAGGACAGAGCCCAGCCUCCGGCUUUUCUUGAGCAAAGCCAAGCCUCUGCUGGGAGAGACCGUGACACAGACACAGAGGUGGAGGGGUUCCCAGUGGAAAAGAGAGAAUAUGUCCCCAAGAGUCACACAGACAAAGCUCAGACAGAAAAGAGCCAGUCUCUUGGGGACAGUGACCGAGAAGUGGAAGAAGAUGGGAGCUCACCCGGAGUCCUGGCGAGAAGCCAGGCCUCUGCCACAGAAGGCAUCAACACACCAGAGGAAGAGGGAGCCCCCCAGGGGCCAGCUGUUACACUACCAGCGAAGCAUGGGGUGCCUCUGGCACGCACACACCCGACAGAUGGGGAAGCAGAAGGGGGCCCAGCAAAGCUGCCUGCCGUGCGCCCAGAGGAAGCCCGGCCUCCUCCAGGUGGGUACUGUGGAACAAGUGCUGAGGAGGGUGCAUCCUUAGCAGUCUCCGGAGUGGCAGGUGUAAGAAAGAGCCAGCUUCCAGCAGAAGAGGAUGCUGGGACAGAGUGGGCUGUUCCUGUCCUUCAGCAGGAGAGAGCUCUUGAGGCAGCAGCCCAGGGUGGGUCACGUUUAGCACAAGUGGGACAGGACUCUCCUUGUCUCAAGGAGAACCUAACAGAUCUCUUGGUAGACACAGGUACUGCAGGGGAACCUACCCAGGCACAGAGAAAGGGAGCCCUGACCUGCAGAGAAAGUGGGGAAGAACCCCAUGUGGACAUGACCAAGAACUCUGAACACAGCCAUGAUGAUUCUGAAGAUCUAGACCAACAAGCGACCCAGUGCUUUGUGGAGAGGGAGAAUCAGAGCCUGGAAGCAGUCCUGAGCAUGGAGGAUGAGCCCACCCAGGCCUUCCUGUGUACUCUGCCCCGAGAGCCUGGCCCUUCCCAUGGCAGCUUCCAGGCCUCAGGUGCCCUGGAUGAGCCUUGGGAAGUCUUGGCUACACAGCCAUUCUGUCUAAGAGAACCUGAGGCCUCUGAGACCCAGCCCAUUGCUGCCCACCUUGAGGCCCAUGGAUCUUGCCCCUUUUCACCCAGGCCAACACCUCUAGACCAACGUCUGGAAAGCCCAGUUCGCGCAGAGCCAUCGGGGAUGCGAGGCGGAGGGAUGCAGACUGCGGAGAAAGGCCACCUGAACUGCAAGAUGUCACCUGCUGAGAAGGCUUCUAGGGGUGAUCCAGGAUCCCUAGAUGUUUGUCUGCCUCCAGCAGUCCCUGAAGCCUCAGCCCCAGUCCGAAACCCCCUCAUCCCUCAGAACCAAAAACAUCUUGCUUCACAGCCCCUCCUUGCUCCAUCUCCACCUUCUUUAGAGUCCCCCAUUCCCAGCUCCAGGCAAAACAGGAGUCAGGAAGCUCCGGAGAAUCCCUUGUCCUCAGAGCUGGACCCUCUUCAUGCAAAACCCAAAUGCAGGCCCCAGGGGUGUUCCAGGAUGACACCCUCUCCAGCUCCUUCUAUAGCCCCUGAGGUCCACCCUGUCACCUCCCGAGAGCAGCCUGUCCCCCCUGUGCCCACAUCUCGGGCCACUCGGGGUAGGACACACAGGGCCUCUGUGAAGACCCCUGAACCGACUGUCCCCACAGCCCCUGACCUUGAACCUCCGGCCCCUGCAGACCAGCCUGUCACCCCUGCGCCCACAGCCCCUGAUCUUGAACCUCCGGCCCCUGCAGACCAGCCUGUCACCCCUGCCCCCACAGCCCCUGACCUUGAACCUCCGGCCCCUGCAGACCAGCCUGUCACCCCUGCGCCCACAGCCCCUGAUCUUGAACCUCCGGCCCCUGCAGACCAGCCUGUCACCCCUGCGCCCACAGCCCCUGAUCUUGAACCUCCGGCCCCUGCAGACCAGCCUGUCACCCCUGCACCCACAUCUCGGGCCACUCGGGGCAGGACACACAGGGCCUCUGUCAAGACCCCUGAACUGACUGUCCCCACAGCCCCUGAUCUUGAACCUCCGGCCCCUGCAGACCAGCCUGUCACCCCUGCACCCACAUCUCGGGCCACUCGGGGCAGAACACACAGGGCCUCUGUCAAGACCCCUGAACUGACUGUCCCCACAGCCCCUGACCUUGAACCUCCGGCCCCUGCAGACCAGCCUGUCACCCCUGCGCCCACAUCUCGGGCCACUCGGGGCAGGACACACAGGGCCUCUGUCAAGACCCCUGAACCGACUGUCCCCACAGCCCCUGACCUUGAACCUCCGGCCCCUGCAGACCAGCCUGUCACCCCUGCGCCCACAUCUCGGGCCACUCGGGGCAGGACACACAGGGCCUCUGUCAAGACCCCUGAACCGACUGUCCCCACAGCCCCUGACCUUGAACCUCCGGCCCCUGCAGACCAGCCUGUCACCCCUGCGCCCACAUCUCGGGCCACUCGGGGCAGGACACACAGGGCCUCUGUCAAGACCCCUGAACCGACUGUCCCCACAGCCCCUGAUCUUGAACCUCCAGCCCCUGCAGACCAGCCUGUCACCCCUGCGCCCACAUCUCGGGCCACUCGGGGCAGGACACACAGGGCCUCUGUGAAGACCCCUGAACCGACUGUCCCCACAGCCCCUGACCUUGAACCUCCGGCCCCUGCAGACCAGCCUGUCACCCCUGCACCCACAUCUCGGGCCACUCGGGGCAGGACACACAGGGCCUCUGUCAAGACCCCUGAACCGACUGUCCCCACAGCCCCUGACCUUGAACCUCCGGCCCCUGCAGACCAGCCUGUCACCCCUGCGCCCACAUCUCGGGCCACUCGAGGCAGGACACACAGGGCCUCUGUCAAGACCCCUGAACCGACUGUCCCCACAGCCCCUGACCUUGAACCUCCGGCCCCUGCAGACCAGCCUGUCACCCCUGCACCCACAUCUCGGGCCACUCGAGGCAGGACACACAGGGCCUCUGUCAAGACCCCUGAACCGACUGCCCCCACAGCCCCUCACCUUGAACCUCCCGCCCCUACAGACCAGCCUGUCACCCCCAAGGCCAUAGCUCAGGGUGGUCAGAGCAGGACACUGAGGUCUACAAGAAGUACUGUGCCAGUUCCUACCACCCCUGAAUUCCAGUCUCCUUUCCCCACAGACCAGCCUAUUCCCCCUGAGGCCAUCCCUCAAGCCAAUUGUAGCAGGAGGCCAAGGGUCGCUAGGCAGCCCCUCGCAGCUCCCAUUGUCUGUGAGCCCUGCUCUGCACCCCUUGAACCUAACGCCUGGUCCUCAUGGAGCCAAAGGCGAGGAGCAAUGAGAGCAACGAAGUCCCUUAAGACCAUUCCUGAGCCUGCCUUUGCCCAGCUUCCUGGUGCACCCACUCGUGCUCUCCAGGUAAAGGUAGAGGCAACAGGUGGAUAUGAGUUCAGCCCAGAGUCCCAGCCUAAGGCCUUUCAAAACCACACGAGGCCUUCAGAUACUGUGGAUUCGCUCCCACUUCCAAAACGGCUGCGAAGAGAAGUCCCUCAGAAGACAGUGUUCCUCGAGGAAGAAGAGGAAGAGAAGCCAGGGAAGGAAGAGGAUGUGGUGAUGCCAGGACCAGGCAAGAGAAAGAAAGACCAGGCUGAGGACGAGGCCAAAGGAAUGCCAGUCCGCAGCCUCCGACGGACCAAACCUAACCACGAGUCCACAGCCCCCAAAGUGCUCUUCACAGGAGUGGUGGAUGCCCGUGGAGAGCAGGCCGUGCUGGCCCUGGGCGGGAGUCUGGCCAGCUCAGUGGCAGAGGCGUCCCACCUGGUGACUGAUCGAAUCUGCCGGACAGUCAAGUUCCUGUGUGCCCUAGGGCGGGGGAUCCCUAUCCUCUCCCUGGACUGGCUGUACCAGUCCCGCAAGGCCGGCUGCUUCUUGCCCCCGGAUGAAUAUGUGGUGACUGACCCUGAGCAGGAAAGGAACUUUGGCUUCAGCCUCCGUGACUCCCUGAGCCGGGCUCGUGCGCGAAGGCUGCUAGAGGGCUAUGAGAUUCACGUGACCCCUGGAGUCCAGCCGCCACCACCUCAGAUGGGAGAGAUCAUCAGCUGCUGUGGAGGCACUGUCCUACCCAGCAUGCCCCGGUCCUAUAAGCCUCGCAGAGUCGUGAUCACAUGCUCCCAGGACGCCCCGCGAUGCACCACGCCAUUUCGGGUUGGGCUGCCCGUCGUCUCAGCUGAGUUCCUGCUGACAGGAGUGCUGAAGCAGGAAGCCAACCUGGAGGCCUUUGUUCUCUCCACUUUGGAAAUGUCGUGACCCUUUUUCUUCCCAGACCAGUAAACAGGAAAUAGUGGGGAGAAAGAACUUAGGGCUUAGGAAGGAUUGGGGUGUGCUGAUCUGAUUUGUCUGGAAACGGGUGGGGCUGAAAAGGCUUAUGGGAAAACAAAGACAGGGAGAGUGGGAGCCACAGACUUUCUUAAACGGCCAUUUACAGUAGCUUAGUCUCGUGCUCACAUGUCGUCAGUGUCGCUCAUCUUUAGUGUCUGAGGCCCUGACUGCUCAGUGCCCUGCCUCCCAUUUGGACGCCAUCUCACUUUUUCUUUGUUAUUGGAAUUCUUACUUAUCCUCCAAAACAUAGUGGAAAUAAUUCAAUGCCAGAAAUUGAAGGGAUGCUUGGAGUGAGUAAGUUUGAGGGUGGAGUUAUGGAAUGCUACGAAAAUAUUUACCUCUCUCCUGGCCCCAUCUUGUUAGAAGACCCUUUAGCUUGGACUUUGAGCAAGUCUCUGCCUGCUUUUCCGGUAUUUAUCAAAUUAGAGCUUAGGCUUAAACUUCAUGAUAAAUAAAUAUUCACUCUGUGCCUUA